UUUCUCUUCUGGACUUAGCAUGUUAUUGCUCUCUGGUAUUUUGACUCCGUACAAUCAAUUCAUGAAAAUUUAGCAAAUUUAAAACUUUGAAUGAUCCUGGGUUCAGCUAUUGUUCCUUUUAUUUUACCUGACAAAAAAAGAGAAAACAUCGUUAUUAGAAUCUUAGUGAUUAAGAUUCCAAUUCUGUUAUGUACUGCGUUCUCUUUAAUUUAUGCUCCUCUUGGUUGUGGAGAAAGUUUUUUGUAUGGGAUGAAAAACUUAUGUUUCUUUUGUUAUUAUAUGUCGAACAAGAUGAAACAAUCAAAUACAAUAUAUCAAUGGAGUUAUUUGCUGAUAAUGAACAUAAUUAUAUUAUUAAUUAGAUAUGCUUGACUUAGAUUGAUUAAUUAGCUCUUUGAAUCUCAGAACAAGGAUGAAAUCACCAUGCAAGAUAUGAGCUUCUUUUUGAAUUAGAGAAAUAAAUUAUUGAUAAGCUUUCUCAUGGACAUUUUAUUGCUUCUGCAAAUUUUAAUUCUCAAGUGUUGGUGCCUUGCAACAUUUCGGUUUUUAAGUCAUCAUAUGAACUCUGGAGACCCCAUUAGUAGCAGGGACAUUGAAAUAAGCAAAGCUGGAACUGAAACUCCGUGAAUAACACCAUUACAAUCAACAAUUCAAAAUUUGAAAAAUGAAUCUAGACCUCAAUUAAGUUUUUCCUUGGGGAUGUUUUGUUAAAUAGUGAAGGAUCCACUAUGUAAUCGUUCCAGGUACCAUGAUAUGUUUGGACAAAUUUCUGGACAUUCGUUUGCAUUACUUGCAGUGGAAUUCAGUGGCACGGUAGUGCCAGCUUUCAACCUCUUAAAAGAACGUGGGGUUGAAACCAAGUGGAUUAAAGAGGUGCAGGGUUCUCUUAAAGUGUCCAUGUUGUUUCCUGGAUUCAUAUAUGAACCUUAUGCCCCUCGUGAAGCAAUGCCAUUUUGGCGGAGGGUUAUAUUGGGGUCAAACCAGGAUGGACAGGAAUUAACUUCCCUUACAACAUGUCGAAGGAGGAAUUUGAGUUCAUUCUAGCUGCAUCGGAGUUCAUGGCGAUUUGUGAGCAGCAAUUUUUGCGCUUGUACCAUUUCAAUGAGAAAACUGGAAGCUGGUGCUUUAAGAAGUCACUGAAGAACUUCAUCAGUAAAUAAUGAGCUUGGAUAGUACAAUAAGAAAGCUGAUGCCCAACAUCUGGGAAUGAUCUUAAAAUCAUGAACUAAAAUUAAUAGAAAAAACACAAGAAAAAAAUUAAGUUCAUUAAA